UACUACUUUGUUUAUGACCGAAUCGCAAAUCGUUUCAGAAAAUUCAGUCCAUAUUUCGUGUACAUGAAAUUAAGAAGUGUAGUUAUAGUGUUUCAAAUUGCUAUAAAAUUUAAUUAUUUUAUUUCAGAGAGUUUACGCCAGCCAUUCUAACAAUUUGUCGAAGAUAGGGUACCGUCGCAGGAUACAAAAAGUAAAACAUAAAUACAAAUAUUACAAAAUGGAAACGUCACAUAGUUCCUGUGUUGUGAUAAUGUGAAUAAUGUUUUUCGAUUAAACAAUGGCCAGUUAAAACAUUCAUACGGUGAUAUAAUACUGCGGAUAUUUUUAAAUAGACAAACGUGAUGUUUGUGUGCGUAGUCAAUGAGAUUACAAUAUGAAUUGGUUCGACACGUCUGGUUUGACGAGUCUGGCGAAGACGGCGCUGAAAGAGGCCCAGAAGACGCUGGACAAGGCUCUGGACAUUCAGGACGAGAGCGGGGAGGAGGAGGAAGCGGGGGCGUCCACUUCUCAGAUGAAAUCUUCGCCAGGUGAAAGUGAAACGACCCCAAAAGACAACUCUGAUUUUUUCGCUUCUUGGGGCCUCACAGUCAGCGCUGAAGGCCCUCAGGAUGCCAACGAGCAGACCGUAGUCACCGAGAGCCCUUCUAAGGGCUCUCAAAGCCUCUGGGGCUCUUUUGCGGGAUCUUUCUUUGAACAUCAAAAGGAUUCUGACACAGAUACAGCUAUUGUUCAACCUCCAAAAGCUAAGUCCAUGAAUGUUAUUAAUGACUCGAAAUAUGGCAGCGCUACUGACUUGUUCUCUAAAAGCCAGCUUGUUAUGUCUGACGAUACAGAGUUUGAUAUUAAAAAGGUAAAAGAUGAAGUCAAGGCAGACGAGAGACGUAAUUCAUCCCGCUCAAAUAGAUUAUCACUGGUGUCUAGUAGAAAUAGUUCUGAUUCCGUUGAGGUAUUGUCACAGAGUUUGAAGACUACUCCAGACUCUGAGGCUGCGUCCGUUCACUCCAUAUCCCACAGUAGUAGUGUUGGGCAGAAACUUAACUCCGAAUCUGUGGAAAUUUUACCAGACAGCCUUGUGAGUCCAAGCUCUAUUGAAUGUUUAGGCUUUGACAGUUAUUCCAGUGAUAAAAACAGCAGUACAUCUUCAAAUCUUUCACCUGGUGAGUUGAGUGACAAGAAAUCCACACCAGUUGACAGGACAGAAAAGGCGGAGACUGCAGACAGUGUCAGUUUGGUCGCAGAUGACGAUGAAGACACCAUGUCCUAUAAUUCCAUCUCAGAAUGCACAGCACCGACUGUUUUAGACACCGACGACAAGCCUGUAAGUCCAUUUCCGAAAAGAGAAGGCAAGAAGUUGUUAGAGAAAGAAUUUAUACACUUAGAUCCUCCAUUGCUACCACAGAAAAUGCAGAUUAGUGAGAACUCUUCUAAUGACGGAUCCUGGUCUGAUCGCACCUUGAACGCUGACAAUGACAGUAUGAUUCUAGAUGUCAAUGUUGACGAGCCAAAAAAAGAGACUGAACCUGAAGAUGUGCUUAUGGAGAAAUUAAGUGAUUCAUCCUCAUUUUACAAUGUUAAUGUUUCUGGAGAAAUGAUUAGGUCUGAAAGCUCAGCUUUUGUUAAUGUGGAGAAGCAGCAAUGUAGCCAGUCUGAUAAAUCCGAGUCUCAAAAAGGUAGCAUUAAAGAGCGGACAUCACCAACCAGCUCUGAUAGCAAGAGUGACUUAGUCAAAAUCGGUUCUGAUCGUACGUCCGGCCAUACUUCAGGGGAUGAGCUUGAAACAACCACAUCAUCCGACAUUGAGAUCAUUCCAAGUCCAAACGGUGACAACCAUGGUUUCCGUAACAGUCCUGCUAAAUACAACUUCAAAAAAUUUGACGGCACUACCUCUCCAAACUUGGUUGAUUUAGUCUUAGGAAAAUCUUUAGCGACUAAAAUCCGUGGACAUAAUAGAGAAUUAUCCGAAGCAUCAGUUCAAAGUAAUACAAGUGACGACAGUAGUACAGAGAAUGACCGGCUGAUGCGUCGGCUGUGUGAAAUGGCAGAAAUACUGGAAGCCAGAGAGAACAGACUGAUGGAAGUGAGCAGAAGCAAUGCAGAGCUGGCGGAGAGUAAUGCGGACUUGAAGACCCAGGUGGAGAGCUUGCUGGCGAAGCAUGGGACGCAUGAGGGAGGGGAUAUUAGUACGAUCACUGAGGACUAUACGCAGAGGAUGUCUGCAUUGGAAAAGAAGUUCCAACAGGCCAUAAGGGAAAAGGACCAAUUACGCAAGCAACUUGACAGCCUCAAAUCCGACUCGUCCCGCAAGAACUCCUCCGAGCUAGAAAGCAGUUUGAAAGAGCGAGACGAAGUUAUAGCGCAGAUGCAAGAGGAAGGAGAGAAGCUAGCUCGUCAGCAGUUACAGCAUUCGAAUAUUAUUAAGAAGUUGAGAGCGAAAGAGAAGGAUAAUGAGCAAGUUAUUAAAGGUCUCAGAGAUAAAAUAGCUGAACAGACUUCCGAAUUAGAUCGCCUGAAGAGGUCUAUCGCUGCCAAAGAAGAGUUAGAAGUAUCACAAAUAGAGGCUGUGUACCGGCUUACCACGGCGAACAAGAAACUAGAGGUGGAACUUGCUGAGACAAAAAGCGCACUAGACGACGCAACCCAACGCCUCACCACGACCCGAGCGUCGCUCGAGGCGGCCAAGCGAGAGUUAACCGACGUAGAAACAGAGCGAGUAGAGCUGCGGGCACGCUGCGACGCCGCGGCGCGCGCGCAGCGGGACGCCGACCAAGAGCGCGCCCUGGUGGAGACACUGCAGCAACAACUGGCUAGCUUGAGAGCGGAGGUAGUUCAAGAGGAGCGUCGCUGGGUGUCCCGCGAGGAAUCCCUCCGGCGUGAGCUGACGGAAGCCCGCGAGCUGUGCGCCGCGCUGGAGGCGCGCGCCGGCGCCGCGGCGGCGGGCGGGGAGGGCGCCGCGGCGCUGCUGGCGCAGCUCGCCGCGCUGCAGCGCUCGGCGCUGGAGAGGGACCAGGCACACGUCAACACUGUGAGGGGACUCAAGCAGCAAGUCGCUGAAGCCGAAACCUCGCUAACCAAAGCCGUAGAACGCGAGCGCCUCUCCCGCGACGAAUUAGAAGAACUAACUCAACGACUUGCCGCGUCAGAAGGUUUACUGGACGACGCGCAGAGCCGACUGGACACAGUGACCAGCCAGUGUCGAGAACUGGUCGCUAGGGUCGACACACUAGAGGACGAGUUAGCUAGUAAAUCCAGAGAGCUGUCGCGAAUAAAAGAAGAAACCAGCAAGCAGAUAGCAGAGUUGCGGCAACAGCUAGCUGCCGCCGAGACUGCCCUGGCUGCUGCCCAGGAUGCCUUGGAGACGGAGAAGAAACGAAACGCUAUUCUACAGGAGCAAGUUUCGUGUCGGGGCGACAUCAGCCCGCCGCAUUCUGUGGCGUCCGACACGCUGUCCUCGUCGUUAUGGGCUUCGGAGGACACGGGCCGCGCCACGCCCACCGGCGCCGUGAUGACGUCACAGGCCGGCGUCGACGAGCUGCUCUCCCAGCUGCAGCGGCGAGACGGCGAGCUGCGCGCUGCGCAGGCGCGGGCGCUACAGCUGAGCGCUGAACGGAACACGCUCAGAGACCAUGUGGCUUCACUGAGAGCGAGACUGGAUGAUUAUCAGAGCGUUCAAGAGCAAUACGACGCCCUACUCCAAAUGUACGGCGAGAAGGAGGAGCAACUAGAGGAACUGAAACUAGACCUGCAGGACGUGACGCAGCUAUACAAGGCGCAGCUGGACGAGCUGGUCGCGCUCAAGCGCAGGUAGCCAGCGGCGGCGGCCGGCCCGUCUUAAGCCUUUGCAAGAGGAAAUAUAAAAAUAUUCACCCUGGAUUGUAUUGGAUUUACACACUGUAUUUCCCAUAAUUAGAGUUUCUUUUAUUUUUUGCCAUUUUUAAAUAUUGUGACCUUUUACGCCACUUUUGUGUUAUUUCUAGCCAGGAUCGCGAACCCUUUUCAUCCUUAUAGGAGAAAAAAGUGUCCUAAAAUUUCUAUACAUUUUUCAAUCUUUCCUUUUUGUUACUGCCAUACAAAGUAUAUAGGAGCAUUCCACGGGCUGUCCCGUACAAACGCAUUUUAUUUCCUGUGUUGCGACUUUUUUCUCGGCAUUUAAAGCAGGCGAUUAUUUUUCUGUGCAUAUUUUUGACCAUUUGUCAUAUAAAAGAAAACUCUUAUACCUUUAAAUGUUCAGAAACUUCGCGUUUGUACGGGACAACGGUAGACAAUUUCAUGGAAUGCUCCUACAGGGAAAUGGUAAUAGGAAAAAAACUCUGGGACAUUUGUUUAUCCCAUAAGGAUCGAAAGAGCCCCUGAUUCUGAGUAGAAAUAACACAAAAGUGGCACAAAAGGUCACAAUAUAUAAAAAUGGCAAAAAAUAAAAGAAACGCUCAAUGUAAUCAUUACAAAGUUUAUUUCAGUGAUAGGGUUUCGUUUUGAUUUUGAAUGACUUCUUACAAUUUCCAAUGGGGAAUGAAAUUGCCUGUUCCAAAAUUAUAUUACUAGAAACUUCCUUUAUUCCUUUUACAAUAUUUCGAAAUAAAACCAUUUUUUGGAAAUUAUGAAAAGCGAUGUCAUCCUUGUAUAGUCACUUGGGCGCGUGAGGUUAGCUUUUUAGCUAUUAUGUCUCUCUCAUGGCUUAGGAGACGUAGCCUAAUAGGUGACAGUGACAGUCUUUAAUCGCUAACGCAAAUCGAGAUAUCAACACAUUCAGGGCCAAAAACCCGACGGUCGGGUAUACUGUUCGUAGCGGCUACGCGCUGCAUACGGCGAAACCGUGGCUACGCGCUACGCCCGUAGCACUUAGUGGCAAUGAAUGUGUUAAUUGAUCACGUUCGCAUCAGUUAAAUCAAUGUAUUUUAAUAUUUCCAUUGACGAUUAGAAUUUAAUUGCACAUUUGAAAUAUAAUCUUAGAGACGCAACUCAUACAAACAUGGCAAAAGAUAUUAUAUGUCUUGUGUUAUUAUAUGUCUUGUUUUUGUGUCUUGUUGGACUUGAACAAUUUUUGACCUGUUCAUAUAGCUUUUGCAAUGAGGAAAGUGAAGCCUAUUUCAUAUCAAAAGGCUACCGCUACUAAUAUAAUGUAUUCCAAUAGUAUUUCCUUCUUAAUAAUUGUUGCUAUAAUUGCCAUUUAAAUGUAAAACGGUGUUCAUUGUGUAUUUCACUUGAAAAAUCACGAAUUUGCACCUGUGUGCUAUGUACAUAGCUGACAUUGUGAUAUGCCUUUAUUAAAACAAUUAAUGUAGAUUUUAAAAUCAUGGUUAUGGUCAAAAAUGUAUGGUCAAGGAAGUUUAUUUCUGUGUUAGUUCAUAAUUUGUCACUGUGAAUGAAUUCCAUUCAUAGUGGUUAUGCACUUUUGCAGCUGUAUGUGCUGUACAUCGUGGUACAGAAAUAAAAUUCCUUGACAGGGAGAAAAAUAGGUAAAGAACCUCAUUGUCAAUGGUUUUAGGGCAAUACAUAAUUACAUAUAGGUACAUAUGUUUUGUCAUUGGUAAAUAAAAUAUGGCCUUGAUAUUAAAGUACCGUCAAAUAAAUUAUAAAUGUAACGGUGCACAGAAAUCUCUGACAAUUAUUGAAUAGCCGAAUUAGAUAUAAUCUGGUAAAAUGCAGGCAUUAUAUAUAUGCUUAUAUUUUUUUUUCUUUAACGUAAGUUCUUUUGAAACAGCUGAUUUUGAAAAUGCGUAAGUCCGCUUAUUAUAGUAAAUAGAAGUAUUAUUUGUAGUGAUAUUUUGAAACUGUCACAAUUUACCCCAUAUUAUUAUACCCCUAUAUAGUUCGUUUUUUUAGCAUUAGAAAUAAGGUAAACAAUCUUGAUGUGUCUUUUAAUUGAAAAACACAUUUUUUUUAUAAGUUACGGCAAAUAUGUAACAAUUAUGAAUCUAAUAUGAUCAUUUAUAUUCUUCUGCUUUCAUAAGUAAUAGUUUUUGAUUUUUAAAAAGCGUUUUCCAAUUAAAAGACAUGUCAAGAUCACUUACCUUCUUGCAAGUUCUUUCUAAUAAAAAAAAAACGAACUAUAGAGUAAUUUGCAUUUUAAAAUUCUGACUUCACGAAGUGAUAUUGAGUUAUGAUAGCAAAAUCUGAUAAGGGAAUCUUAAGUAAUAAUCUAAUAAUAAACACUCUAAUAGAGGGAAUAAAAGGAUCACUUUGAAUGGAUUACUUGUGUACUAAAAUACUAAACUCUGAGAUUGCGUAUGAUGAUAUUGUUAAAAUUGAAUAAACUCAAUUUAUUUUUUAAUUUCUGUUCGGUUUUACCAAAUACUUGGUCAAAAAAUUUAUAGACAUUAAAAAAUUCAUAAUGAAUUUUUUUAAACAUUGUUUUAUUGGUUGCUUAGUUAUAUUCUUUAAAUGCCUUAGAUAUCAUCUAAAUUUUACUUAGUGUGUAUUAAACUAUGUAAAGAUGUAUAGAAUGAUGUAAAAUGUAAAGCUAUUCAUAAGUCGGUGACAUAAAUAUGUGAAUGUAAAGACCAGUGUUUAAACCGUUCGUUAGUCAGAUUCGGUGUCCAUACAUUUAUGUCGAGGGCUGGGGGGGUCUUCUGCAAUUAUAAUGUUUUAAUAAUAUAUAAGUCAGUGGUGACAAGUGCCCUUAUAAGGCAACAUCACCUAUCGAGGAGUAACGGCUGAUAUAGACGAUGCGAGUUUCAUACCAUUGCGGGUUUUGAUUGGUCGGUCGAAUUAGACGUAACCAACAGUCCGCAAUGUAACUAAAAUCGCAUGCGAGUUCGUACGCCGUCUAAAUCAGCCCUAAGGCUCAGCGGGCGCAGCAUGGUUCCAUGUGUAUCGCCUGUCACUAUGCUUGUCACUAUCGCACUUACAUACCUGUUAGAACGUGACGGGCAUGGUGACAAGCGAUAAAAUGCGACCGUGCUACCGCUGCUGGGCUAUAUAACCUUGGUCAAUUCGUUCGUUUGUCUCUAGCGCUCGCAGAAGUGUGAUAGGCAGACGAAUUUUGUAAUUUGGUAUCCAUUUAGGGCUUAGAACCCCUCCGUGGUCACCACAUUUGUAUUUCUUGAAUUAACAGCCAUUUAGGGCACUUGUGUCACCUGAUUAGUUAUGUGUUUCAUUCUCAAGGAAAAGGAAAUGGGUCUCGCGGGCUAAUAAUUCGCAUUGGAGGUUCGCUAUAUUUACACUAGCAUCUACCGCACGAAGGUUCCUUUUCGUUGAAAACGACACAUUAUUUAAAUAACUCACAGCUGCCUGUAUGUUUUUGUAAAUAAAAAUGAAACAAGU